AUGGAUACGCAAGGUCGUGUAAUCCGUCUCGAGUCGUUCUCGAAAACAUUGUUUCCCGGCCUACGUUUGGGAUACUUCGUCGCCAACGCGGUCUUCACCGAGCGUCUCCUUCGAGCGACCGAGGUAGAGACGCAGGAUCCAGCCGGUCUUAGUCAGGCCUUCGCAUUGGGUCUUCUUCGUAAAUGGGGAAUUGAUGGAUAUCUCACCUGGCUUCAAAGCUUGCAGUUCCAGUACCGAACAAGACGCAACUGGCUGCUUGACGCUUUCGCUGCGAAUUUCACCCUGUUAUCCACUGAGGAUUCGCCGAUACCCCAGGCUCAGGGCGUUGUCGCAUGUGUUAAAGACCAAGGUAACGGAAAGCUCAAGCCUGUGUUUAGCUUUUUGGACCCGAGAGCUGGCAUGUUUGUCUGGUGCAAAUUCCAUUUCGACGGAGUUCAGCGCUUCCUUGAGAUUGAAUCCACCGGCAAAAGCAAGGAUCCUGAGCAAGACUUCGCAAGUGAGCUGUGGAAUGCGUGGGCAACCGAACUGGUGCUUCUCACCCCUGGUUCAUACUAUCAUGCUUGGCAGGGACCGGAUAAGAUGACUACCAAAGCCCGUGGUGCGGAUCCACGCACUGCACACUUCCGUUUUUCAUUCGCUACACCCACGAGCGCCUCGCAAGAGUGGUGA